AGAGUGCGACUACCUCGCGAAAGGACUUCGAUGCCGUGGAGCCCAGUAACGAUACCCUGUGAGACCGUAAGCUGCAGCGCGAAGCAGCUUGCGAAAUCACGCUACCACAUUGCUAUCUCCCUCUCUAUACUCGACGAACACAGGGGCCAAUUUCCGGGAUUCUGGUCGGCCUGAUCUCGCGCAGAGGCAAAAUGGACAUGUAUAAGUAGUAGACACGCAAUCGUCAAGUAAAAAUUAACCCCGGUCGUUCACUCUUCCCGCGUUCCAAGUCCUUCGUUCUCAAGAUGCGUUCCGCUCUUAUUGCCACUUUGGCCUCCGUGGCUGCCAUGGGCGCCUAUGCUCAUCCUCACACUCGCAACUCGGCCUCGCUCUCAAAGCGUGCUAUCGACCUGGACAAGUUCCGCAUGGUCAUCAAGACCGAGUACAAGAACUCCACUGCAGUUGAGGCUGAUCCUACGAUCCCUACCUUGAGGGCUCGUGCUACGCCUGAGGAGACUGCAUCCGACCUUGUUUCCGCACAGGCUCCUGAUGCUGAGUUCCGCCUGUCAAACGACCACUACACUGGAAAGAACGGCGUCUCUCACUUCUACUUCAAGCAGACCGCCAACGGUCUCGACAUUGACAACGCCGACUUCAACGUCAACAUUGGCAAGGACGGCAAGGUCUUCUCUUUUGGAAACUCUUUCUACAAGGGAAAGAUCCCUGCUCCGCAAACCACCAAGCUUGGCAAGCGUGAUACCAUCGACCCAGCAGACUCUCUCAAGGCUGCGGUCAGCACCCUCGGACUUCCCGUUGAGGCUGGCUCUGCCACUGCUGAGCCCAAGGCUGAGAAGGAGACAUAUGCCAUCAAGAACACCAGCGGAAGCGUGAACGAGCCGGAGGCCAAGCUUGUGUACCUCAUUGACGCCAAUGGCGAGCUCAAGCUGACCUGGAGGGUUGAAACCGAUAUUGCCAGCAACUGGCUUCUGACCUACGUUGAUGCCACCUCCGGACAGCAGGUUCACGCAGUCGUUGACUACUCAGCCGAUGACAGCUACCAAGUCUACCCCUGGGGAAUCAACGAUCCCACUGAGGGAGCACGUGUCUACGAGGAGGACCCUUUCAGUGACUACGCCAGCGAGUUUGGCUGGCACUCAGACGGUACGGACUGGUACAAGACAACUCGCGGUAACAACGCGAUUGCUCAGACCAACUGGGAAGAUGACCGUACCCUCGAUGCGCUUCUGGUCAACUACCGACCGACUGCACGUGACCUCAAGUUCCACUACCCGCUAAACCUGAACGCGACUGAUCCCCAUGAUUACCGCGACGCCUCGAUUACCCAACUUUUCUACACUUCCAACAAGUUUCACGACCUCGUGUACGAGCUUGGUUUUGAUGAGCGCGCCGGAAACUUUGAGGCGAACAACAACGGUGCUGGUGGUGUCGGUAUGGACUUUGUCUUCCUCAACACCCAAGACGGCUCCGGCACCAACAACGCCAACUUCGCUACGCCCCCAGACGGUCAGUCCGGAAGGAUGAGGAUGUAUCUGUGGAACGCAAAUGGUGGGCCCAUUCGUGACUCCUCUUUCGAGGCCGGUGUUGUCAUUCACGAGUACACCCACGGUGUGUCCAACCGUCUGACCGGAGGCCCCAGGAACUCCGGGUGCUUGAACUUGCUCGAGGCCGGUGGCAUGGGUGAGGGCUGGAGUGAUUUCUUCGCCACUGCGAUUCGUCUUAAGCGCACCGACACUCGCAAGACAGAUUACGCCAUGGGCGCCUGGGUCAACGGCAACGCCAAGGGUAUCCGCAACUACCUCUACUCCACCAGCAUGACCACCAACCCCCAGACAUACAAGAGCGUUGAGCUGUACAGCCGUGUGCACCCCAUCGGCAACAUCUGGGCCUCGAUCCUGUACGAAGUCCUGUGGAACUUGAUUGACAAGUACGGCAAGAACGACAACGGUCUGCCCGACUUUGACGGGGCCGGUAUCCCCACUGAUGGCAAGUACCUUGCCUUGAAGCUUGUUCAGGAUGGUAUGGGUCUCCAGCCCUGCAACCCCAACUUCGUCCAGGCACGUGACGCUAUCAUCGAUGCCGACUGGGCGCUCACUGGCGGUGUCAACGCUUGCGAGCUCUGGACUGCGUUUGCUAAGCGCGGUCUGGGUGAGGGCGCGAGGUACCAGGCCACAGGCCGCCAGGACAGCUUCAAGAUCCCCGACGCAGCCUGCUCGUGAGGACCUUGGAGAGUGUAUAUGAGAUGAUGAAGACAUGACGAAGCUACUUUCAUAAUUUAAUGUGUACAUAUUACAAUGACAUCCUUUGGCUGCAAGCACCCACCUCAACUAUACUGCACUCGUAAAUCUCUAACGUCGGCGACCAGUCACUUACAGCAAAUGUAGCUUGCGACAGAAACUGAAUUUCUUAGUCUUUAAUGGCAGGGUAAUUCCUUCACUGUCAACCCCGAGGAGACGUUUCAAAAUCACGGCUCUCAAGUUUGAG